CAAAUGGAACAAUGUAACGGACCGGAGUGUGAGCCUUAACCGGGGGUUACUUAUUAAUCCAUGUCCAGGCCAUAGCCCUACUUAAGGGUUGGAAAACGGUAAUUCAAGCCCAGAAAACAAGCGGCCAUAAUUUGGGAAGGUAUAAUUGGUCCGCAUAGAAGGAUUCUACCGUAGCCGUGCGGCAUCUCCUCGAAUUUCAGCAAUUUCCUAAGGUGACGUGGAACAGCUCGACCUUAUCACACGCUGUAACUCUAUCCUGGACUCUCCGGACCUUUAAAUACACCUCCAAAAACUUAUUGACCACGUGGUGUAAAGUGAGAAGCUUCCAACUCGGGACAACUGUCGAGGGUUGGUUUGAAAGAACAAGUGAAAUCUUCUCGUGAUAAGACGCAACGGGACGGGACAUUAGGUGAACUGACACGAACGUAAAUUCAGUGUGUGUUUCAGACUUUAGAAGAUCCUGACGGUUUAACAACCAGAUGCCGUCGAAGUCAGCAGGAAUCUAGUUUGCUUCUGGUUCGCUACGGACAAUUAUACGUUUUUAGUUUUGGUAUAUGAACGCAAUGAAGUGUUGUUUUACCUAGUUGAACUAGCUACAAGCGUGUUGAAUGGGGUCUAUCAUUUGUAUGCUACCUAAGUACAGGCAAGAUCUCUCACGAGCCUGGAGCACGGGGAUGCACCUGCCUUUCUUAUCCGACCUCUAAGAGCGCUACGCCUCUCCGGAUCUCACUGGGCCGUCAGUUUACACCGUCUUUGAUGGGAUAAGUAAACUUGUGACAAAUCAAACCCCAGCCCGUAAAGAGUUAUCCGCUCUCGGACCGAAUUCUUUAUCCAUUAGAAUAUCACCAACAUUCCGCAUGGUACUUUGGUCGAAAGAACAAGACAAACUGUCCGAAAUGUCCACCGGCGCGAUAGAGAUGAAGAAGGAAGCGGUGGCACCGGCAUAUCACCACUCGAACGGGUCGGUGCACCCGGUCAUCCUGUCGGAGAACACCCAGGAUCUGCAGCAGGAGGCAGGGGAGUAUGAGCUCACUGAAGUGACCUCUUUCACGGACCGGGGCGACCAAGAGAGCGUCCGGUCCGAGUUGGUGGUCAUUGACUGUCGGGCUAACGCCAAGGGGCAGCGAGAGGAAGACGCGCUCCUGGAGAACGCCAGCCAAAGCAACGAGAGUGACGACACCAGUACGGACCAAAGCCCUGUGCCACCACCUCCGCUUAAAGAGACGUCCUUCUCCAUUGGACUUCAGGUCGUCUUCCCAUUCCUGCUGGCCGGGUUUGGAACAGUGGCGGCGGGCAUGGUGUUGGACAUCGUGCAGCACUGGACGGUAUUCACUGAGGUGAGCGAGGUCUUCAUCCUAGUGCCGGCACUCCUCGGGCUGAAAGGCAACCUUGAGAUGACCCUUGCCUCCAGGCUGUCCACUGCGGCUAAUAUUGGGCAGAUGGACACGGCUAAGGACAAGUGGAAGAUGAUCAUGGGAAACCUAGCCCUCAUUCAGGUCCAGGCCACUGUGGUGGGCUUCCUGGCCUCCAUCGCGGCGGUGAUCUUUGGCUGGAUCCCAGAGGGUCAGUUCAAGAUCGGCCACGCCGUGCUCCUGUGCGCCAGCAGCGUGGCCACCGCCUUCAUCGCCUCUCUGCUGCUAGGCCUGAUUAUGAUUGGCGUGAUCAUCGGCUCCAGGAAGGUGGGCAUCAACCCGGACAACGUGGCCACGCCCAUCGCUGCCAGCCUGGGUGACCUCAUCACACUGGCACUGCUAGCAGGCAUCAGCACGGGGCUGUACAAGGAGCUAGACUCUAACGACUAUGCCAACCCGUUGGUGUGCGCCUUCUUUGUGGCGCUCACUCCCAUCUGGGUGCUGAUCGCCCGCAAGAUCCCAUCAACCAAAGAGGUGCUGUACUCGGGCUGGGAGCCUGUCAUCAUCGCCAUGGCCAUCAGCAGUGUUGGGGGGCUCAUCCUGGAUAAAACAGUGUCCAACCCAAACUUUGCCGGCAUGGCCGUCUUCACCCCCGUCAUCAAUGGUGUGGGAGGUAACCUGGUGGCCGUUCAGGCCAGCCGGAUCUCCACCUACCUGCACAUGAAUGGGCUGCCCAUGGGAGAGCCUGACCCUACGCCAAAAAAAUGCCCCACACCCUGCACUACUUUCUUUGGUUCAGGUGUGAACUCUCGGUCGGCCCGAGUGCUCUUCCUGUUAGUGGCCCCAGGUCACCUUGUCUUCCUCUACACCAUCAACACCAUGCAGGGGGGACACACCACCCUCACCCCCAUAUUUAUUGGCUUCUAUAUGGCCGCAGCUCUCCUGCAGGUGUCGCUCCUGCUGUACCUGGCGAACUGGAUGGUGCAGUGGAUGUGGGGCCGGGGGAUGGACCCUGACAACUUCUCCAUUCCAUACCUGACGGCGCUGGGCGACCUGCUGGGGACCGGCCUGCUGGCCCUCUGCUUCCACAUCCUGUGGCUCAUCGGGGACCGGGACACUGACGUGGGCGACUGAAGAAAGGCCCUGAAGAAGCCUUCACCCACGUGCUCACCCCUCCUCCCUACCAGAGUGCCAGUCAGUGCAUUACUUUAUGCCGCAAAAAAACCCCAACCCUCCACUACACGAAAAAAAAAAAAAAAAAAAAAAAAACCGAUACACAUGUUGAUAUUCUUAUAAAUUGUUGUUGCUGACUCGGAGGUUCCUCAUUAUUUUUCAAUGGGGACAACUCCUCCCUUUGGCCAAGUGCUACAGGCCGUUAAUGUAAAAUAUAUGAUCAAGUUGCACUUGAAGUUUUAGCAAAUAUAUUUAAAAAGCAAAAAAAACGCGAACUUAGAAUGCAAAUCACCAAGUGCUCUGUGUGUGCGGAAUUGUACAGUAAAUGAGUAUUUAAUACACUAAAAGAAUGUUUAUAAGAGACGGAAGCGCAGGCUCCAGUUUUCCCACGGAACACUGUCAAAGUUCUACUACUCCCAACUGAAAGCAAAAAAAAAGUUUCUGGACCAGAAUGGAGUGACCUGAUCAUGCUUAGAUAGCCUCUCUUUUGCCAGAGGUGUAUGUGUUUGUGUUCCUUUGUACAUUUUGAUCCCUGCCAGCCCCUUUUGCCUCAACCGCUCCUCACUGCGCCUGUUGGUUCUCUCAGGAGACGGGAGAGCAUUGCACAGAGGCUACCACACACUGACCCCUGGUCACGAAAGGUCGCUCACUGUAAAGGUCAGAGAGCCUGGGCUCUCACGUGCAUAAUGUGUGACGGCCAUCCCAGUCCUAAUCUCCCUUUCUCUCUCAGUCUUAAGGAACUCCUUUGUUUCCUCCUUAAAUCCUGUUGGACCGGAGCUUGUGCUUUUUAUGUUUAUUUUUCGGUAGUAUUUCUGUGUUUACUGACCACAGUUAAAGUAAAUAUUGGCAUAGAAUUGGGUGGCUACUCCUUAGCUAUGCAUGGACAAACACUGUCUUCUGAUUGCUUAGAUGAAGUUGAUUGUGCUGACUAGUUGCAAGCCAUGUGUGCAGUGCUAUUGGCUUACUGUCCUCCCAUACCGCUCAUGAUGUUUUAUAUGGCUAGAUAAUGGAAUCAGAAGGACAGUGUGUUUUUUGACAUGAGUGUAGAAAUCAAGAUGACUGGCUCCCAAUUCUUCCCUCUGUAACUCCUCCCACUUAGGAUGAAAGCCUCAUGAGAGAUUUUCAAAAUGGCCACCAACUAAGAAUGGUUUUGGAUAAAACUCCCUUUAAUUGCUUAGUUUUAAAGAAAAAAACAAAACAAACUACCAACAAUACUAAUGUAUAUUUGCUUUUAUGACAAUACGUAGUGGUGGGAUUAUUUUUCCAGAGGAUUUCGGAGGCAUAAGCUGACUGUUUUUUUAAGUUUUUGCUGGGACUGGCUAUAAGGGCUACACAUUAAGGUCUGUCUGCUCUCCAGCACACCAAGGAAGACACCUUGGCAGUGUGGCUCUUGCGCAAAGCCGUCUGACUGAAGACCACGGGACCCCCCCCCCCCCCCCCCUUCUAGGGCACUCAGGCUGCCACAAUACCCACUGCAGUUAGACGCACAUGUAGCGCAUGGCUCACACAGAACAUUUAGCAAAGCUAUACGUGAAGGCAUGGCUGAAAUAGAAGACUUGAAGUGAAUGGAAUUUUUGUUUUAAAAAAAGAAAAAAGAAAAAAAAGCAUGGCUCGACUGGAACUGAAUAUAUUUACCUCGGUACCAGACCUCCCCUGGGGGAAAUAAAUCAAUAAUCGAACAACAACAACAAAAACCUACAAAAAACUAUAACUAUGGUAACCCAUAACACUCUCCAAUGCACUCUGUUGCAGCAGCUACUGAUAACAGCGCAGAUGAAUGCAAUUAGCCUUUAGUUCCUUUAAAAUCCAACUGACCACUAACCAUUGUAACGGCUGACAUUGUACUAAUAUGAGCCUUUAAGUCUUAUGAUCUAUACAGCAGUCGUGGCAGUUUUUGCAGUAAAAUGCAAUUUGUCCAGUCCAUGGAGGCUCGUCUGUUUUAUGUAAACCUGUGGGGUCCACCUGAUGAUGCUGUGCAGGGCACAUGAAUUGCAUUGCUCGAUGAUUUUUUUUUUUCUGUUUUUGUUUUGUCCAAGUACUUUCCCCAACAUGUGUAAUGGUGGAUGGCAUAGCAUUUCUUCAUAAUUGGUUUUCAAAGAUUGUUUUUUUUUUUCCCCUUAUGUUUUUUUUCUUCUCUUUGUUGUCAUCGGUUUCUUGAAUUGUUUAUUCUACGCUGGUCAGACGCCAGUGAGCGUAUCUCUGACUUGUGGCAAGCUGAGGUGAGACCACUGCUGUGCUAAACGUACUGUAACCCUGUGGCCACCAGAGGGCACUGUUGGGAUCUCAAAAGGCACAGCCCGGAGGAUGGCCACCAGGUGGCAAACACAGGAGCACGCGUGCCUCCACACAUCCUGAGUCUGUGCUAGUCUCUUUUCCUCGGUGCAACUCACCUGUUGCCAUGACACCACUGCCUGGCAGCGAACACUCACCUGUUGCCAUGGCGCUGCUGUCUGGCUGUGAAUAAUUCUUCAGGGUGUGGGCCGCUUUGUUUUAUUUAUUUUUUAGAUGUAUACAAAGCGAAGUUGUAUAUAAUAUAUAUAUUUAUUCUAUAAAUAAGUUGUCUAUUUUUCAUUUUAUUUUGUCUGUCAUUCAGCUCAUGUUUGUUUCGUUUUGGGCCAGUAGACAUACUUUGUUUGCCCCCUUUAAGAAAACAUGGCAAACCUAACAAACAUAUCAGACAUGUGGUGCCUAAUAUCUGACAGAAACCUCACAUUUGCAACUGUAGAACUAUGCCUUAACAAAAUCACCGGCAAGGUUUUAAACAAAAGGAAAAGUAGUUUUAAGAGCUUUUAUCAAUUUUUUUGUCUUUUUUAAUUCUGUGAAUUGAUUUUUAUGUUGUAUUGAUUACAUUUUACUCCUGGGAAGACACAACUGUGCAAACAAAGAGACAAGACUACUGUGUUACUGUCUGCAUAGGGUGGUGGUGGGCUAGCAUGUGGCUAUGAGCAUGGGACAAGGGAUCAUUUACAGACUGAAGACACAAAUCAAACCAUGGCUAUCUGUCUUCUCUAGAUCUUAUGAAAGACCGAAAACAAGACACAAUUCAACACAGAUCUCAAUGGAAAUUUCUUUAAGUAAAAAAGAAAUCCCUGCUCUAUUUGGUAUGGAUUCUAUGCCAAAAAAAUAACUCACAUCCACACUUCACUUGUUAGCAGAAGGCUAAAUAUAAAUACAGCUGUUACUCUCCUGUAGCAGUGUGCAGACAGAUCGCUACUUCGAGGUUGUCUGGGGGCAAAGCUACAGUAUCUAUGUCAGAUCAUAUGUAUUGGGCCUAUGCUCUUGGUUUGAACUAUAGGAUGGGUUGAAGGCUCAACACAAUGCCACCAUAUUACUGUCUGUACCAUCACCACUACCACCAUCCUGUCUCUCUUCUGCUGUAAUGGGGAUUCAAACAGUGGUACUUGUAAAUUUGCUGGAAUAAAAAAAAAUAAAGAAAGAAAAUCUAUUAUUUCGUACCAA